AUGUGUGGGUCGGUGUUGAACACAUUCGGUUUGCCAUCCUCAUUGCGACAGGACGUUAACACACUCCCACCAAAGUUACUUCUGGAGUUGUUGUAUGAUGUUGUUGACCUUGCAGAGUACCUGAGAGUAAAUGAAUCGAAAUUGCUCCCUGAUCGGAGACUGGUGUACAAAACUGUCAUCAGUACCGUUGAAAAACAGGCAGGCAGCAUUUUUUUCCUCGAUGCUCCUGGAGGUACCGGCAAAUCCUUUGUAACACAAUUAAUACUUGCUAAGAUUCGUUGUGAGAAACAAAUUGCACUAGCCAUUGCUUCCUUGGGAAUCACUGCUAUGUUAUUACCACGAGGUAGGACAGCGCACUCAGCAUUGAAGCUACCUUUAGAUUUGGUGAGGGCCAAGAUUCCUACUUGCAACAUUGGCAAAAAUUCAGAGGAAGCUGAAGUUCUUAGACAGUGUUGUCUCAUUGUAUGGGAUGAAUGCACAAUGACCAAUAAGGGUGCCCUUGAGGAAAUGGACCAGUCACUGAAAGGUAUCUGGGAUUCUACAGCUUAUAUGGGUGGUGUAACUCUAUUGCUUUCAGGAGAUUUCCAGCAAACCCUUCCUGUCAUCCCUAAAGGGAGCCGGGCUGAUGACGUGCGCGCAUGCCUUAAGUCAUCCAUGUUGUGGCCCCAAGUUAAGACCUUAAGCCUAAGCACAAAAAUACGUGAUAGCAUGUCUGUAGCAUUUGCUGAAGAUAUUUUAGCCCUUGGAGAAGGCAAGGUCCCUAGGAAUGAUAGGAGCGAACUGUGCUACACCGUGGACAAACCUUCUGAUCUUUUGAAAACAGCAUUCCCCAAUCUGGAAAGUAACUAUGCAGACAUCAAUUGGCUCAGUGAAAGAACCAUCCUGGCCCCCAAAAACGUAGCUGUCAGUGCUAUCAACGACCAGCUUAUAAGUCAAAUUCCAAGUGAGGAGCGCAUCUACAAAUCGAUUGACUGGACAUCUGACCCCCAAGGCAUUGUCAAUUAA